GUAUUUUGUAGCUAAGCAGCUAAAAAGGUAGUAUCUUCUUAUGUUCCCAACGAAAACAAAGUUUUUGCAUAUGCAAAAUUAGGAUUGGACUGCUAAAACAUGACAGAAAUUCACGCCAAUCAGACCAAUGAUUUGGUAUUACCGACGUUUUCGCUGGUCACUUGAUCCACCUCCUGGGGAAGAACCAGGAAAUAGACAUGACAUUUUGUUAGACGGUACAAACAGAAAGUCGUAUAGCUAAAAAUAUUUUUGUUUUAUUUUAAUAGCAGUGGAUACUAUUUGUUACAAUGGCUUCGCUAUUUAAGAAGAAGACUGUAGAUGACGUCAUUAAAGAGCAGACCAAAGAGUUGAGAGGCACGCAGAGACAGAUCACGCGAGAUCGGACGGCACUGGAGAAACAGGAAAAACAACUGGAGAUGGAGAUAAAGAAAAUGGCCAAAACAGGAAACAAGGAGGCAUGUAAGAUCCUGGCCAAGCAGCUGGUGCAGCUGAGGAAGCAGAAGACGCGCACGUAUGCCGUUAGCUCGAAAGUCACGUCCAUGUCCACGCAGACCAAACUCAUGCACUCACAGAUGAAGAUGGCAGGGGCCAUGGGCGCCACCACAAAAACAAUGCAGGCAGUUAAUAAAAAAAUGGAUCCUCAGAAGACCUUGCAGACCAUGCAAAAUUUCCAGAAGGAAACAGCCAAGAUGGAGAUGACUGAAGAACUUAUGAAUGAUACACUGGACGAGCUCUUUGAAGAUUCGGGCGAUGAGGACGAAUCUCAGGACAUUGUAAACCAGGUGCUGGAUGAGAUUGGCAUUGAGAUCUCAGGAAAGAUGGUCCACGCUCCCUCCGCCGGCAGAGCCAAGCCUGCAGCCUCCGCCUCCAAAGCAGAUGGGAUAUCGGAUGAGGAUAUAGAGAGACAACUAAAAGCCCUCGGAGUGGACUAACGCUCCCACACAAUCAUCUCCGUGUUGCCUGGCGAGAUGCACACGUGCACACUUACACGUACACAGAUAUAAAACACACGUUCACUGAGUACACUAAGCAUACACACGCCUGGACACUCAGCCUUGGUGUUCUCAGUCACACACGCCUACUCGGCGAUAAAGUGCCACCGUGGGCAAAUGCAAACCUUGUCUACGUUUUCAGGUAGGACUUCUUUAUGAUGAGCCACCAUUCAAACUCACGCACAGCCACUUAUUUUAUAUAUAUAUAUUUUUUGUAAAGUAGGGGGUGAAACUUUACAGGAAAGCAGCUAAAAUAAGUGGUUUAAAAUGCAUGCUCACAUAUCCCUUGUUUUUAUUUAUUGCUAUGAGAAAUGAAAACUCAAUGAAUACAUUAAAUGCAUCAUGGUUUCGGAACAAUUUGACAUCGUACAUCACUUCUCUGCAGAGAGGUCUGCUUCCGUGACUAGAACCAGUGACACUGUGCUUUGGGGGCUUCGAUUAGUUGUCAGUUUCAUCAUUCUUCUCUAUUUGUUGUUUUGUCCUAAAAUAACAUUGAUGCACUCCUGGAAUGGAAACUGCACUGAGGAAGCCACGCAUGUUACUAAAAUGAUACUGCAGGCAGUUCAGCUCUCCAAAAUGCAGGUUUAGAGCAGUGGUGUGGCUUGGCCGGUUUGGCUGUCCUGUCUUGUAUUCGACUCUGGACUCAUGUUUAAGACCUGAGCAAUGAGAUCCCAAGUAGUAAUUUGUUCAGAAUUGCUAAAAAAAAAAAAAAUUGUAAAGCAAUAGAUUACCAGUAACGAACACCACCAGUUAGCUCGACCAUGCUGACUUUUGGCUUUUAAGCUUUACUGACAUCCAUUCAUUAACUAUUUUUGGGGAUUGUUUGUGUCUUUUUGUUUUGUUUAGUUUCUUGGGACAAACGAUCUCUUAAGAUUUCUGGCACAGGUGAUGUCAUUGUCAGGAGUGAAAAGAAUUUUUGCAGCGGCUGCAUUCCAUGUAGCAUCUGUAGCUGUUUUUGACAGUUGUCCUUUAUCAGUCCUGGUUAAUAAAGUAUGUGAAAGGAGGAGCUUUUAUAGUUUGUCACUUCUGAGGGGCUUGUUAACCAUAGGGGCCAGGGCAAUAGGAAUAUGAAAGUACUCAUUUGUUUGGAGAAGAAUUUGCAUCCCGUUUUCCCCCAUGUUGAGUUUAUUUUUAGCCACCUGAUCCUUGGAUUUACACAUUCAGGGAAGCUUCCCAGCCAAAGAUUGAAUCUAGCCUUGGAUUUUCAUCUAAGAAUCGCAAUCAACAAUGGGAUUUAGUUAACAAUGGCAAUUCUCAAUUUAAACCCGCUUUAACCCAAGGCCAGGCUUAAUCCACUGAACGUGUUGGAUAAUUACUCAGAAAAUACUGUGUUUAGGGGAAAGCUUCAUUUAUCCAUUGGGAUAUUAUUUAAUAGUGUAAAUAGUGUGCAUGAUUGGGAGAUCUUUUUCUGUUUCAUAUGCAUAGUCAUAUAUUUAUCAAAACUUUGCAUAUGGGUAAUGAACACUCAUGAACAUUUCUUUGUUCAACAGUAUGGAAAUUUGAAAAAUUCUUUUCUUAGCAAUUAAUAAAAUAUCUUUUCAACUA